UCGACGACGCAUGUCGCUUCCCGCGUUGUUCCUCCCGAGUGUACAGUGCUAGUGCAAUAACAUAACACAAUUGUUUUGUGCUGUGAUAUAGUGUCGUGUUACUUAUUAGUGCAACGAGGCUGUCCCAAAAGUUGUUGUGAUGCAGUUGUGCGUAUACGUAUGGCUGUCUUGUAUAGCCCUCGCAGGAUAUGUACGAGCGACAGAGGAGGGUGCCGCUGCAGUCGUCCGACCGACGGAAGGCGCAUUGCACCAACAAGACGACCCGCUCGCGUCCGACAAGGACAACCUCUUCAUCGACGAUGAUGGCUCCGGUCUAGAGAUCGACGAGAGCUCCGGCUCCGGCUGGGGACCCGGACCCGGCCCGGACGACGAGGACGGCCGCGCCGGAUCAGGUGACGCACCGGACGCGCCACCGGAUGACGAAGACUUCAAACCCCGUUUGCAAACCCCGUCAAAACCGAACCUCGAAUAUAAUGAGUCCGAUAUCGACAGCAAUGAGACCGAAACUCAGUUCAAUGAGUCGGAGACCAACCCGAUUCCGAAUACGGAACUGCCACUACCAAUACCAGUAGAUUCGUUCGAUGUAGUCAGUCCUCGUAUAUUGAAGCCUUCAGAGGGAGCACCAAACACGCGCAUUACAGGGGAGGAACCGCCCGCUCGGCCAGACCUGACUGACAUUAGUGUGUCAGGAGAGGAAAUCAACCCGCCAGUCAUUGAUCAGGAGCAAUCGGGUUCGAAUAUAGAACCAAAGUCGCAACCUGCGGACAACGGAGUGUUCAUCAUGAACGCUAAGCCGGAAGACCGCGCCACCAGUUUCUUCGCGCAACCUGGCAUUCUUGCCGCUGUGAUCGGCGGAGCGGUAGUGGGACUCCUCUGCGCGAUCCUGGUGGUCAUGUUCAUCGUAUACCGCAUGCGUAAGAAGGACGAGGGCUCGUACGCACUCGACGAGCCCAAGAGAAGCCCGGCAGCCGCCUCCUACGGGAAGGGACACAACAACCGGGAGUUCUAUGCGUGAGAACAGACUGAACAAACUCUGCCACAAGUCUAUUAAGUUUACCAUCAAACUCAAUCAAUCAUCUUAAUAAGCCUUGAGUGUAUAAUUUUGGAUGAUAUAUGGUCAUUGGAGUUAGUGAAAAUGACAAUAGGUACUGCCAAUUUUGCUGUACUCAAAUCUCUGAACUAAUUCAUUAGGAACUGACCUAAAUUUCAUUAAAUUUAAAAGUAAUGCUGUCUCUUUCACAAUUUUUGCUGUAAAAAGGGAUAGCACAAUAUACACGAUAGGUAGCAUAAUUGGCACCGAUAUUCAUUAAUUACGCAUUGAAGUUCAUAUUAUGCUGAUUCCUGUGACGGAUCUGUAUCCUCAAAAGUAACACUCAGGGCCUUAUUAAUAAACGUGGCGUGAGGUCGAAAUAACUACGCUGUCAAAUUUAUCGACACGUAACGUCGUAAUAAUUUUAAAAUGUGUUUUGACACACGUCAAAUGAUAGCACAUUUAAAACCUCAGAUGGUGAAAAAACAAUGCGAAACUAUUCCGACUGUACGUCACGUUUAUUAAUAAGGCCUCAAAGCUUAAGUCUUGCAAGGAAACACUUUCCAUGGCAAUAUUCAGUUAUAAUUACCUCACUGUAAUGCAUUAAUACAUCUUUUAUGAACUGCAGUAUAACAUACGAAAAUUUCUAAUGGCAAAUGUGUUCGUGCGAGACUGUUGCACUAAACCGUUUAAUCUGAAAAAUGUUACGAUAAAUGUCAAAAGUCGAAUGGCCAUCGACAAACACCCUAACGGCCAUUUUGAAAUUGACGUAACGUUCUUUAAUUUGACGCAUGCCGUCAAUUUUACAUUCCCGUAUUGUGGCUAAAUUUGUUCUAAAACGAAAUAAACAAAUAAAUAAUAUAUCAACAUGUUAACUGUACUGAUUGUACUUCUUAUGUACAAACCAUGUACAACCUUAUGUUGUAUGAUCGACAUACGUAUGUAUGAUAAUUUAUAAUAUGCAUUGAAUAUCAGAAUAAUUAUCAAAUUCUUAAGACCAAAUUUUGUAACGUCGCUGUGAAGUUAAUCUGGUGUAUUUACUUCCGCUGUUUCGAGACCAAUGUGUUUUGAAUGUUGAAGUAUCACUAAUGAUACAUAGUUGAAUCUGAAUGGGAGAUCUUGUAUGUUUUUUUCUGUAAAAAGAAAAUGUGCCAUCCGCUUCCUUCUAUUGUAUAUUUGCCAAUCAUGUUAGUUUUAUUUUCAUCGCAUAGAUUAUAAUUAUGUCGUAACAGAUUGUCUAUGGACGUUCAUGUCUUCAUUGUCUAUAUCAUAUGUGAAGCUAAUAUUAUGUGUAUCCUCAUUCUUAUAUUAGGCCCUUGUUAAAAUACAGUAUCACGCAAAUUCAGUAUAAAUCAUUAAGUAUAAAAAAAACUUUAACCAUCUACGAUGGUAUGAAAUCGCACCUAUGUGUAAAUAAAAAUGACAGAGAAUUAAAACCGAAUAUAAAUUCCAUUAGCACAUUAAAUUAUGAUUAUUUAAAAAUGAAUUUUUUGGUAGUCCUAUAAGGUUUUAAUAAUAGCAAAAUAGUAUGACAAAUAUAAGGGAAGGCUACAUAUUAAUAUAAGCUUGUACAUUGCUUCCAGAAUUAGUGGGCAUUGAAAAUUUUACUCUACAGAAUAUAAUGAAUCAAAUUUUAUCUAAUAAUAAAAUCUUUAGUUAAAUUUCAAUAAUCAUCACCGAUUUUUAUAGCUGUUUGAACGUAACGUGUUGUAACGAUCAAAAUAUAUUGAUAAAUAUUGAAAAAAAAAAUUAAAAUAUAUAUGCCGGUUUUCACUAACGACGAGCAAAUAACGCCUAAUCUAAGGAUAUUCCUACGCAUAGAUCUAACUUUAACCAAUAGUUAACGCCUAAGAGUUGGUGAAACUUUCUUUUUCUAUAGACAUCGCCUGAAUCAUUAGGCAUUCUAUUUAGGCGUUUCCUACGUUUAGUGAAAACGAGCAUCAGCCUAUUUAGAGACUUCAGCAGUUGAAAUGUAACUUUAGCAUGUGCCGCGGCCGAAUAUUUAUAGGUACUUGUUUUCCGUCAAGCCAGUACCAGCCCGAGUAAGGAAACUGACAGUGUUCAACCUCGUACAGCACGUUAAGCCAGCCUUGUUUAUUAUCUUAAACUUGUGAUAAUAAUAAUCAAAGCCUGGUGGGCCGAAUUGAAGCAUUGAAGUGGUAGGAGCUCCGUGCCAACGAGUGGGGUAUUAAGUCAGGAUUCAGGACCAAUAGUUAACACCUAAGCGUUGGUGAAACGUUUUUUCAUCGCCCAAUGAUUUAGGCAAUGUCUAUUGAAAAAAACGUUUCACCAACGCUUGAAUGAUUUUUUUAUAUCAUUAGGGGUUUCCUAUGUUUAGUGAAAAACGGGCAUUAGCCUUUUUAAAUACUUGUUCAACAGUUAAAUAUUAUCGAAUUUAGUGCUUAACAAGUGCCGCGGCCGAAAGUAUCGGUUUUCUGUCAAACCAGUACCAGCUCGAGUAAGGAAACUGACAGUGUUGAACCUCUUAGAGCAGAACACACAAUUCAGUACACUACGGAUAUUUUUACAUAUAAUUAAAAAAAUAUAUUAAUUCCGUAUAUAACAUUAUUUUUUACGGCUUAUCGGUGAAGAUUAAUGCGAACAUUUAGCGCUGUGUUCCUUUAGCAUGUAAGACUUCUUUAUUUCUUUUCUAUAUUACUUAAGUAUAACUAAUUUGGGAUUUUAUUUUUUAUCUUGUUUUUGUAUGUAAGUAAUUUUACUGAUAGGAAUAUUGAAAACUUCAUACACUAUAUCUAGUGAACACCGACUCGACUCAGAUUAAAACAUGCGAAGGUAUUAUAUCAAGCGACAUAAAGUACACUGUAGUUUGUACUUCAAACGACGUGCAUGUUAAAUAAAAAAUUUUGAACAAUUUAACUUAUGAAACUACAAUGGUUUAAUUUGGACCGAGUCGAUGUUUUAUCGAUAUGGUAUACGAAGGUCAUUAUCAUAACUGUAAUUUGGGCUAUGAAACAAAUAUUGAGUUUUUCGUUUUAUUGCUAUUUUAAAAUUAAAACUUAUCUUAUAUUUUUCCGUCAGCUACACAACGAAUUUUUAUUCCAGUGGUUCGCUAUUUUUCUAUUAGGUCAUAAUAAUUUAUGUCACCUUUUAACGAUUAUUGUGCUCAGUUCGAUUUUGCAAUAUUUUUACAACAUGAAUAAAAUUGCGUUGUGUUGAAACAAAAUAUUAUGACAAUUAAGUCAAUUAAUUUAUU